CCCAUGGAGCUGGAGAACAUCGUCGCCAACACCGUCCUGCUCAAGGCCCGCGAAGGUGGUGGAGGAAACCGGAAAGGCAAGAGCAAGAAAUGGCGCCAGAUGCUGCAGUUCCCCCACAUCAGCCUCUGCGAGGACCUUCGGCAAACCCUGGAGCGGGACUACCACAGCCUGUGCGAGAAGCAGCCCAUCGGGCACAUGCUGUUCCGGCAGUUCUGCGAGACGCGCCCCGAGCUCUCACGCUGCGUCAAGUUCCUGGAUGCUGUGGCAGGGUACGAAGUGGCUCCAGAUGAGAAGAGGAAGGAAUGUGGGCAGCACCUGAUUGAAAAGUACUUGAAGCCAAACAGUGAGGACCACGUGCCUGAAGUUCCCUCACAACUGGUGGAUGCCUGUUGUGAGAGGCUGGAGCAGGAACCUUCCAAGGAACUCUUCAAGGAAUGCACUAAGCUUAUCCACGACUACCUGAGCGUGGCUCCCUUUGCCGACUACCUCGACAGUUUGUACUUCAACCGCUUCCUGCAGUGGAAAUGGCUGGAACGGCAGCCAGUGACCAAAAAUACUUUCCGCCAGUACCGUGUGCUGGGUAAGGGCGGUUUUGGGGAGGUGUGUGCCUGCCAAGUGCGUGCCACAGGGAAGAUGUAUGCCUGCAAGAAACUGGAGAAGAAAAGGAUCAAAAAGAGGAAGGGAGAAGCCAUGGCCCUGAAUGAAAAACAGAUCCUGGAAAAAGUGAACAGUAGGUUUGUAGUGAGCUUAGCCUAUGCAUAUGAAACUAAAGAUGCUCUCUGCCUAGUGCUGACCCUCAUGAAUGGAGGGGACCUCAAGUUCCAUAUCUACCACAUGGGAGAGGCUGGUUUUGAGGAGCCCAGGGCAGCUUUCUAUGCUGCUGAGAUCUGCUGUGGCCUGGAGGACUUGCACCAGGAGAGGAUUGUGUACAGGGACCUGAAGCCAGAGAACAUAUUACUGGAUGACCAUGGACACAUCCGUAUCUCAGACCUGGGACUGGCUGUGCAUGUGCCAGAGGGCCAAACAAUCAAGGGCCGGGUGGGGACAGUUGGCUACAUGGCUCCGGAGGUGGUGAAGAACGAGCGCUACACGUUCAGCCCGGACUGGUGGGCCCUGGGCUGCCUGGUGUACGAGAUGAUCGAGGGCCAGUCGCCCUUCCAGCAGCGCAAGAAGAAGAUCAAGAGGGAGGAGGUGGAGCGCCUGGUGAAGGAAGUGCAGGAGGAGUACUCGGAGAAGUUCUCGCCCUGCGCCCGCUCCCUCUGCACCAUGCUCCUGUGCAAAGACCCCUUGGAGCGCCUGGGGUGCCGAGGAGCUGGGGCCAAGGAGGUGAAGGAACACCCUCUCUUCAAGCACCUCAACUUCAGGAGGCUGGAAGCAGGCAUGCUGGACCCUCCCUUCAAGCCAGAUCCCCAGGCCAUCUACUGCAAGGAUGUGCUGGACAUCGAGCAGUUCUCCACGGUGAAAGGGGUGGAGCUGGAGCCCACAGACAACGACUUUUACCAGAAGUUUGCUACAGGAAGUGUGCCCAUUCCUUGGCAGAAUGAGAUGAUCGAGACAGAGUGUUUUAAGGAGCUGAAUGUCUUUAGCACAGAUGGCACAGUGCCCCCAGACCUGGACUGGAAAGGGCAGCCUUCUCCACAGCCCAAAAAAGGGUUACUCCAGCGCUUGUUCAGCAGACAGGACUGUUGUGGAAACUGCAGCGACAGCGAGGAAGAGCCCACCCGGCUGUAGAGCACAGCUUGUUCUCCAGCCCCUGGGACCCCCUUGCCUCUCCCGAGUGCCCAGCCUGAAGGACACGGUCGCAGUGGCCCCACAAGGUGGAUUUGUUUACAGUUUUAUACGUCUGCAUGUGAAGACUGUGAGGAUGAUUCCAAGGCUGGCAGCCGCACACGACUCGGGUUGAGGCGCCUCUGACCACGGGCAAGCCCUGAGACCAACCCGGACGCUUCCAAAUCUGCCCCUUGGGAUGGUGCUGGUGCUGCUGCCGCUCCUGUGCCGGGCCCAGGGAGGGAGGGAUGGUUCCAGCGUGGGCCGAGGCCAGGCUGGAGCAGCUCUGCUGACACAUUCCACGGUGCCCGAGCGGCGCCACAGGUUGGAUGUAUAUUUAUAUAUGUCGGUCUGUACAUAUCACAUGUUGGUUUUUAGUCUAUGGGUGGGGGCCUGCACUGCCCCCACCCUGUCACAGGCACAAAUGUCCUCCUAUGGGAGGAGUGACUGUCCCAGCUUUGUUCCAGGGAGUCCUGGACAGAGGCCUUCUGUGCCUUGAGGUGUCUAAAUCAUCUUUCCUGGACCUUUCUGGCCGUGCUGAGGUGUCCUGGCUCCAGCGGAGUCCAUUGCUCAGCCUCGAGGCACAGGGAAGUGCUGUGCCAAAGCGUCCCCCAUUGUGUCCUGGCAGCAGAGCGUCACUGCCUUGUCCUCGUGUCCCUGUCUGCUGGAGCCUGCUGCCUCCUGCCUCGUCUCACACGUGCUGCCAGCUCCAGUGAGCUGAUCCCGAGCCCCUCUCCAGACCACUGGCACAGCUGGACACAGCCACUCCCAGGCACCUGCUGCUGCUGUGGCCACAGGGCUGGCCUGAUCCCGGCAACCUGCAGGGUGGUGGCAGCACAGUUCCACCAGCUCUGGACCUGUGCAUUCCAGAGGUGUGGCCGUGCCCAGGCCCAGCUCAGUGGUGGAGGAGCAGACACAUAAAGGACCCUGCUCUCAGGGAGCAAAGCUGUGAUAAAGGGAAUGUCCCUCCUGGGGUCAUGUGAAACUGUGACCCAAAAGUGAGAAGGCUGGGACCAGCUUAAUGUGUGUCCCCAGGGGUUCUGGGCAGCCAGCACAGCUCCUGCACCCAUGGGCAGGAGCCCUCUGUGGGGAGCAGCGUGGGGAUCAGCCCACCUCUCCAUUCAGCUUGUCCUGUCCCCUCUUGUGUACACUUGUCCCAGCUGUGUCCUGAGCAAUAACUUGUCCCUUCUCUGUGUGUGUGUGUGCACACGUGUGUGCGUGUGCUGCUGCCUCUGCUCAUUCUGAGCCAGGCCCCCCAGGGGGGCUGAGCACCUACUUGGACCUGUGGUAUCAUUUGCUUGCCUUGCACUAAAGUUGGAGAGUAUUUAAAUUUUUAA